AUGCUGCUGGUGCAAUUAUUUUGUGGUCUCAGUUUUACCUACAAUACCUACCUGUGCAAUGGAUAUAUGCAAUUCAUUAAAACCUUCGUUGUGCGAAUUUUACAGGGAUUGCUGUCCUUGCUGCGUAAGCUACGGUCAGCUCCGGAGAAGGAACUCAGGAUUUUGUUGCUUGGUUUGGAUAACGCCGGCAAAACUACGCUUCUUAAACAGUUGGCUUCCGAGGAGGUUUCACAGGUUACCCCGACUGCAGGCUUCAACAUCAAAUCCGUCGUCUCCGAUGGCUUCAAACUGAACGUAUGGGACAUCGGAGGGCAAAGCAAAAUUCGUCCGUACUGGAAAAAUUAUUUCGAAAAUACCGAUGUACUGAUCUACGUUAUCGACUCGAGCGACCGUAAGCGGCUGGAGGAAACGGGUGACGAACUGGCGGAACUUUUGCUAGACGAUAAACUAAAGAACGUGCCGCUGCUGGUGUUCGCCAACAAGCAAGACAUUGCCGGUUCGCUCAAGGCCUCCGAAAUUGCCGAGUGUCUUAAGCUGGUUAAGCUAAAAGAUCGUACCUGGCAAAUACAGGGCUGCUCGGCGCUGGAAGGAACGGGAGUUAAGGAUGGCAUGGAUUGGGUUUGUAAAUGUAUUAAAAAGUAA